AUGCCCCACACCCCACUCUGUGUCCCUUCCUCCCUCGCUUUCCCAGACAUCCCUGCACUACCAGGGCGAGGAGUGCUCUGUUCUCAACAACGGUGCCUCUAUCCCAGGCCCCCCUUGUUUCCCACAUCACAUGCCCCACACCCCACUCUGUGUCCCUUCCUCCCUCGCUUUCCCAGACAUCCCUGCACUACCAGGGCGAGGAGUGCUCUGUUCUCAACAACGGUGCCUCUAUCCCAGGCCCCCCUUCUUUCCCACACCAUUUGCCCCACGCCCCACUCCGUGUCCCUUCAUCUCUUCCCCAGAUCGCCCUGCACUACCUGGGCGUGGAGUACUUUGUUCUCAACGACGGUGCGACUGUCGUGGAAGACAUUUAUGAGAUACGAGUCCAAGCAGAACGUGCUUGUAUUGAAUAACUGCCUCUAUCGGAUGAAAUACAUGUCCAAGUGGGUGUUUUUUGCCGAUUUCGACGAGUUUCUCUACAUCCAGCCGCCCCAGACCCUUAAAGGGUUGCUACAGGAGCACUCUCACGCGCCCUACAUCACCUUUGGCAGCCUCUGGUGGUCCAUCGAACGCUGCCGGAGCACUCUCACGCGCCCUACAUCACCUUUGGCAGCCUCUGGUGGUCCAUCGAACGCUGCCGCCCUCUCAGCCCCCAUCAGAGCUCUUUUCAUCUGGCGAAUGCCCUUCUACUAUCCCCCUCAAUAUUCUCGAUUUUCCUACUAUUGUUGCUGUCGUCCUUAUCCCAAAACUCCACCUCUCUCAUCACACCACAGCCCUCAGCCUCCAUCGGAGCACUUUUAUAUAGAGCGAAUGCCCUUCCACUGGCCUCACAUCUACUGCAUAGGGCCCAAGAAUGCGGGACACGUGGAGGAUAAGUGUAUCAAUUAUUUCGGGCACCGGAAAGUUAUCGCCAACACAAAACUUGUCACGGCCAUGCAGGUGCAUCGCACAAUAGAGCCAGUGGAUAAUGGAAUAGACUUUCCUGCAUCAGCCGGCCAUUUACUAAACCAUUUUCAGGGCCUACUAAGAGCUCGUCGGAUCAGCUAUAAGUUCAGGGUAGCCAGAAUGAGCAUUCGCACAACUGGUCGGUUGUUCUCCAAGGUCGUGCUCUUCGGAGGAGCAGGCGCAGCUGCUGCUCUCGCGGCUUACAUCCACUCCACAGGCCAUGCCGACCCUCCCAAGAACCUUCCCAAGCUUGCCGACGAGGUUCCGUCGAGGCAGGUUCAGAUGUCAGCUCUCGCCGGGAGCAGCUCUGCGCGGCCUUUCGACAUCCUCGUUGUUGGAGGCGGCGCUACUGGUGCUGGUGUGGCGUUGGACGCUGCUACACGCGGACUCCACGUGGCGAUGGUGGAGCGAGACGACUUCAGUUGUGGCACAUCCUCUAGAAGCACCAAGCUCGUUCACGGAGGCGUUCGGUACCUCGAAAAGGCAUUCCUUCGCAGAGAUCUCGCCCAGCUUCGCCUCGUAAACGAAGCCCUCGCAGAACGAGGCAUUCUGAUUCGCAACGCUCCGCACCUGGUGUGGCCGUUACCCACGCUCACGCCGUGCUACCAUUGGUGGGAGGUGCCAUACUACUGGGCCGGGCUUAAAGCGUAUGAUCUUAUAGCGGGGAAGAAAGUGCUCUACAUGUCCCGCGUGGUCACGGCAGCGGAAGCUACUGGGAUGGUUCCGACGCUUGCACACAAGGCACGAGAUGGCCGCACGCUGAAGGCGGGAGUGCUGUACUACGAUGGGCAGAUGGACGACGCGCGGCUGAACCUCGCUCUCGCCACCACUGCAGCGCGCGCAGGCGCUGUUGUGCUCAACCACGCGAGCGUGUCCGCGCUAAAGACAGACCCGACUGGGCGAGUGGAGGGCGCCGUGGUGAAGGACGAGCUGACGGGGAAGCAGGUGGACGUGCGCGCGAAAGUGGUUGUGAAUGCGACAGGCGCUUAUUGUGACAGCAUUCGCCGUAUGGCGGAUCCGAACACUCCUCUUGCUGUCCUCGCCUCCUCUGGCUCGCACGUCGUUCUCCCCGACUUCUACCUGGGAGCUGCCUCUGGUAGCACGUCAGGCGCAGGCGCAGGCACGGCCAGCGGCAGCGGUGGCGGCGGUGGAAACGUGGGUCUGCUUAUACCGAAGACGGCGGACGGGAGGGUGAUGUUCAUGCUGCCGUGGCUGGGGAGGGUGGUGGCGGGAACGACAGAUGCGCCUUCAGAGGUGGUGGAUGUGCCUGUGCCGACGGAGAAGGAAGUUCAGUUCAUCGUGGAUACACUGAGCAACUACCUGGAUGUGGAUGUGCGCAAGGAGGAUGUCUUGUCUGUGUGGGGCGGGCUCCGCCCUCUCCUGCGGAAAGGGCUAAAAACGAAGAAACCCGCACAAGAAGAGGGUAAACCCGAGGGAGGUGUGGCAGGAGCAGGGAAGACGGAAGAAGUGAAGGCAGAGGAGGGGCAACAGACGGAAGGGAGCAAGGCAGAUACAUCGAAUGUGGUCCGCGAGCACACUGUGAUGGUGGAGGGAGGCACGCUUGUUACAGUCACAGGCGGCAAGUGGACCACGUACAGGAGCAUGGCAGAGGAUACAGUCAACACAGCCAUCCGGGUCGGUAACCUCACAGCACCAACCACCAGCAGCCCCACCAACCCUUCAACCACCACCACCGCCAGCAGUGGCAAUAGCAGCGCUCUCGCCCUGCCCCCCAGCGUGACGGAGCAUCUGCCCCUCACAGGCGCAGCUGGCUUCACCCCUGCGCUCUUCUCCCAGCUGGCGCAGAACGCCGAUGUGCUGCGGGUGGCUCCUGACCGUCGGAUCCUCCCGUACCGGCUAGAUUCCGCGGUGGUGUACCAUCUGGUGCGGUCGUACGGGACGAAUGCGAGUAAAGUGAAGGAUAUAGCAACUACUGAGCUAUUGGCUGAGCGCCUUGCGCCAGGGUUCCCUGACAUUGAGGCUGAAGUAGUUUUUGCUGCCCGAAACGAGUUCUGCGAGACUGCUGCAGAUUUUCUGUGUCGCCGAUCUCGUAUUGCCUUCCUCGAUGCUGAUGCUGCAAUGCAUGCCCUGCCACGUGUUGUGAAGCUAUUGGCCAAGGAGCAUGGUUGGGACAGCAAGAUGGAGAAGCUAGAGUUGGAAGCUGGGGCUAAGAGUGUGAAUCAAUUUCACGCUGUGUCCUUUGCUCCAUCAUCACAAUGA